CUACUCUGUCGUCUGACCUCUGACAUUUCAAUGGUAGCUGGGAGGGUCAACAGCUUAACUUCCGCUCUUUGUUAAGAGUGGGGCAAUUCCUCCUUCCAAGUUUUAACUUAAAGAAUGGUGCAAGGAGGAUUGUAAGAACAAACUGAUCUGAAGCACCCGGAGCUGUAAGAAGCUGAAAGGAACCUGCAAUGAUUGCUAAGAUUUUACUCCUUUGUGGUACUAUAGGACUGGCACAGUCAGAUGUAGAUUCGAGGUAUCCUGAGCAUCAUGGCCACAAGCCAUGGCCAGAAGGUCAUGGGAUGCCAACUAACUCACAGCCAUCUUCUCUGCUUGAGGAAUAUUGGGGAACAGAAUUUGGCAGAGAGGAAACCCCAAACCAAGCUCCCACUACUUUGACUGAGCUGGGCGAUUACAACACUGGAAAUCAUAAGUCUAGAAAUGGGAACUGGUGUUCCUCUAUCCGGUCCCGGCUGAUCACAUACAUAGCUGCCUGCAAGACCGAGAAAUAUAUCAUUAAGUCACAGCAGCCCUGUCCAAAUGGGACUCCGGAUUGUCAGAAGAUCAUGUACAGAACAGCUUUGAAGCCAGUCUACAAAGUAAAACAAAAAGUUGGAAGUUCUCUAUAUUGGAAGUGCUGUCCUGGCUACAGUGGCAAGAACUGUGAACAUCAUGAGCCUAAUUUUCUUCUGGUUCCCACUGAUCAUCCAGGAGGCUGGGAAGAAGAAAGUGAAGCAUUCUCAAGUCAAAGAGAAAUCAUUGAAACCCACCAGAGCCAUGAAGCUCAGCUAGAGGAUCUGCAGAAUGACGUUCAGCAAGUGACAAACCAUUUGGGAAUCUUACAGAAGGCACUUCAUCAUAACAUCAGCAGCACCAGGGGAGAAGCUAAACACAACCAAUCAGAAGUACAGGAACAAUUUCUCCAGCAAAUGCUCUUUCCUCAUAUGGAGAAUUUCUUGAGGAAGCAUUUUCAACCAGUCUGGGCAAGCUUAAAUAAAAGUCUACAGGAUCUUUCUACUGGCCUGAAAAACCUUUCCCAGAAUGUUGAGGCUAAUCGGAGAAGCAUAGAGAGGUUCCAAGAAACCACUGUUCCCAAGAAAGAUUUCCAGGAACUGGGAACAAAAUUUGAAUCCAAAGUUCAAACCAAUAUAUGGAGGGUGGACCAAAUGAAGAGAGAAAUAGAGGAUCAUUUCCACCAACAGCAAGCAGCCAUCCACUACAAUCUCACCAUGAUCAAAGCAGACACCGACAUCAAGCUGAAGAGAAACCAUAAGAUACAAAUAUCGUACUUGUUAGCUUUAAACAACAGCCUCACAGGCAUGCGGCAAGAGCAAGAUAAGCUUCAAGGCGAACUUGAAGCUCUAAGCAGAAACCUAGUGUUCCCGAUACAACUUGGCAGCCAAAAUGAGGCAUUUGAUGAAGUCGACAUUCAAAUUCUCAAUCAAUCCCUGGCAAAACAUGCAAAACAACUAAAGGAACUUUAUGAGCAGUCUGAGGAGGACUAUCAAGAACUCAAUCAAUCAAUCAAUGGCUUAAAAGCCAGCUCCAAGCAGGACAUAGAGGAGCUUAGAAUAGAUUUAAUGGAGAAGAGUCUAAUAAUAGAGGAAUACAGAGAAGGUUUGGAAAGGAAGAUUCUGGCUCUCAAUAAUACGUUGACAAAUAUUGAAGAAAGUCAAUGGGAUCUGGAAAGGUCUCUGAAGGCAUGCCAUUGUGAAAAUCUUCCUCUCAGCAUUUCCGCAGAAGAUCAAGAGAACAUAACUCAGAUAUAUAGAGAAGAAAUGAAGCAACUGGAGGCACGUUUAAAAGAUCUUGCUGCAGCUUUCCCCCUUAUAUAUCAGUCUCUAGAUUUCCAACAGGAACAGAAUCGAAAACUGGAAGAUGGCAUGUCUUUUCUUAAGUCCCACGCUGACACACUGUCUGAGGAUAUGACUACCCUGAAAAAAACUGACGAAAAGAUGCAUGGGCACAUUAAAUAUCUCAACAGCUCUUUCAACUCACUGCUGGUAGAUGCAAUGAGACAUGAGAAAGCACUUGUGGCCAUGCUUGGAGAUGAAAUUUUGGAAGCCUUGUCUGAAGAUGAUCCUGGAAGUUUUCUCUUGCCUCCAGAUCAUUUGCAGGUUAUGAAUAUAGAAAUGAUCUCAGAUCAUCUCAAGAAGCAAAACCUUACUCUAGAAUCUGUUAUGAACAGAAUCCUCUCUUUGGAGAUAGAUUCCAAGAAUAACCUCAAUGCUCACAAAUCUCUUAAAAAUCCAGUCCUUGAAAAGCAAAUAGAGGACAUGGAACAAGUGGUCAACACCCAGCAAGGCCGAGUGGAAUACAUGGAGCCAAACCAUGAAGCUGCCAUGGAGGAAGCCCCUGUGUAUCAAGAUAUUAUGAUCCUAAAGAAGGAAAUUGGACACCUCAAUAAGGAGAUGAAGGGAUAUCGGUUGCAAUGGGAUCGUGCCCAUUUGUGCUGUAAUCAGACCAGGGUCAACCUAGUAGAACCACUCAGUAUUUCAGUGGAGAAUUUGAGGGAAGACCUUGCAUCGACCCAACAAAGCAUGGAAGAGCACUUACAGAUCGUUCAAAAGCUGUUUGGAAGCUACAAAGAAUUAGUUGCGGCAAAUGUAAGCUUGGAUGUUGCCAAGAUCCAGUCACUGAUGGGCAGAAAGAUGAGGAAGCAGCUUAAAGUUCACGAGCAGCAAAAGAUGAGAGACAAGAAAAAGGCCACGGACAUUAAAGAAGGCACUUUAAAUGGAAGAAACAAGAUACAUACAGAGAUUUUGGAGACAGGCACAGAGGUGGCGUUUUAUGUGAGAUAUCCAGAAGGAAGAGAACAACGGCCAAGUCUUAAUGGAACCUACCUUAAUUAUGGAAAAGGCUUCUUUCCUGAACAUGGUUACUUCAAGUCCCCUCAUAGUGGGGUUUACAUGGUUGCCAUCAGUGUGGAGCUUCCUCCAGAGCCUGCCCUGGGGCAACUGGUUUUUAGCAAUGGCGAGAGACUGAUACUAACAGAGAACAAGCGAAGAAAGGCUAAUGGUGCCUCCAUGACUACUUUUGCGCUAGUGGAGCUCUUGAAAGGGGAGCGCAUGUGGUUUGAACUGGUGCAGGAUGCUGCAGUGAAGUGGAACCCAGCUGGUUUGAGCAUGGCAGGAUUUCUGAUAUUCAAAACUUGAAAAAGGGCCCCAAUGAAAUAAAUGCUACCUUUCUGUAAGCACAGCAAACCCGGUUCUCCGAUGAAUGACGCCAUCUGCCAGUUUUGUGUGGUUUAAAAGUAGCCUUGGCUUUGACUUGGCUCAGUGCUACUUUCUAGAAAUAGUUCAUUAGGUGCUAAAUAGCAUCACAAGCACAAAGAAAGGGAAACUGAAUUCACUAUUUUUCUUCCAUAGUACUGAGUAAGGUUCUAGCGACUUUUCACAUUUUGGAUUCUAUUCCCCUUCCUUGGGCUCAAAACUAGGCCCUCCCUUCUUCUCCAUCUAGCCUGGCAAGUGAAGAAUGAGAAACAUCAUUAUAAAAAGUUUCUAGGGAGAAAGCAAUCAUUUUAAGAAUUUUUACAAACUUCAGGCUGGACUUGAUGCCUCUUAUAUAACAAGACUGGCAUAAGUGCCUUCACAGCAUGUACUGCCAAACUGGUAGUACAAGAAAUAAAAUGCAAGGGCUGGUGGCAUUUAAUUCUCCCAUGCAUGUGUCAGAUUUCGGACUAACCAAAAGAGCCAUUUUGAAACAUACUGAGAAAAUUGUACUAUUUAGACUGUAAUCUUAUAUACAUUUAUCUGUAGGUCUCAUUACAUUCAGCAGGGCUUACUUCUGAGUAGACAUGUAUAGGAUCAGGUUGUGGUUGUGUGUAUGCCAGGUUGUGUAUAUCCUUCACAAAUAUCCUCUUUUCUACCCUAGGUUGUAGUUUGCUGCACAGGGCUUCAAAAAUGUUUGUGCCUAGUUUUAGGUGGGCAUUCAAAACUUUUCAAAUGGUCAUCUUUCUAGGCCAGAUUAAUUAACCCCAGCAAUGGAUAAAAUAAUGUGUAGGCCCUGUGGCUAUGUAUUUUGAAGUUAUUGACAUGUAUUUUGAUAAAAUUAAACUAUUUUACUUUUGGUUUUUAUAAAUGCUACUCAGCUUUAUAUGCA